AUGCGGUGCGCGCGCUACCUGCUCCUCGCAGCAGUGGCCCUCGUCGCUGCGCAGGCCGCAGAGGACGCGACAGCUGUCAAUGCGCUGGUCCUACUGGAGCAAGCGCUUCUGACGUCGUCGCCGCUGCAGGACGGCCGGCGACUACUGAGCGUCGACCUGUUCGAAGACCACGCGGCGCGGUACCUCGUGGCGACGGACGACACGACGGACGAGGUGCUGUCCCUGUUUAAGCUGUGCGAGAGACUGUAUCCGACGCAGGUGGCGGCGUGGGGAGCGACUGCGGCGAGACAACUCGCGUACUUUGAGGAGAACGUGUUCCCGAACAUUCGUGCGCGAGCGCAGAAGCUACUGGAGCUGUCUCAAGGCACGGGGAACGGGAACGUCGACCAGACAAGUGACGGCGUGACGGGACAAGACGACGGGACGAACGGCGACGGUACGUCUGGCACUGCUGCGGGAAGGGACACGACGGGAGGGUCCACGAACGGUGGAAACGGAGCGGGAGGAGGACAGUCGAAUGGCGAAGGAACAUUGACAGGUGGAGGAGGGGGAGGAGCUGGUGGUGGGGGUGGAGCUGGUGGAAAUGGCGGAGGAGGAACUGGUGGUGGAGGUGUUGGGGGAGGAAAUGGUGGAGGAGGAAGAACUGGAGGAGUAGGAACUGGUGGAGGAAAUGGAGGAGGUACUGCUGCAGGUGGUGGAGGUGCUGGUGCUGGUGGAGAGCUGGUGGAGGUGCUGGCGCAGGAGCUGGUGGAGGUGCUGGCGCAGGAGCUGGUGGAGGAGCUGGUGGAGGAGCUGGUGGACGGACUGGUGGAGGAGCUGGUGGAGGUGCUGGUGGAGGUGGAGGUACUGGUGGAGGUGGAGGUACUGGUGGAGCAGCUGGUGCUGCCGGAGGAGCUGCCGGAGGAGCUGGUGGAGGAGCUGCCGGAGGAGCUGGUGGAGGAGCUGCCGGAGGAGCUGGUGGAGGAGCUGGUGGAGGAGCUGGUGGACGGACUGGUGGAGGAGCUGGUGGAGGUGCUGGUGGAGGUGGAGGUACUGGUGGAGGUGGAGGUACUGGUGGAGCAGCUGGUGGAGGUGCUGGUGGUGGAGCUGCUGGUGGUGGAGCUGGCGGAGGGGGUGCUGGUGGAGGUGGAGGUACUGGUGGAGGUGGAGGUACUGGUGGAGCAGCUGGUGCUGCCGGAGGAGCUGGUGGAGGAGCUGGUGGAGGAGCUGGCGGAGGAGCUGGUGGAGGAGCUGGUGGAGGAGCUGGUGGAGGUACUGGUGGAGGUGCUGGUGGAGGUGCUGGCGGAGGUGCUGGUGGAGGAGCUGGUGGACGGACUGGUGGAGGAGCUGGUGGAGGUGCUGGUGGAGGUACUGGUGGAGGUGCUGGUGGAGGUGCUGGUGAAGGUGCUGGUGGAGGUGGUGGCGGAGGCGCUGGUGGAGGUGGAGGUACUGGCGGAGGAGGUGGUGGAGGUGCUGGUACAGGUGGAGCAGCUGGUGGAGGCGCUGGUGGAGGUGGAGGCGCUGGUGGAGGUGGAGGUGCUGGUGGUGGAGCUACGCCCACAAAUGCCGCUGUCAGCCAAUGUGGACUCGCUGUCGUCACAGUUGGGCACGUUGGAAACAGUCGUCCAGUCGUCCUCGGCGGGCAGCUCCGGUAGCUCCUCUCCCGCUUCGAAGUACACGUCGCCUACGAUUAUUAGAGGCUAUACAAGCCCGAGCCGUCGUUUCCUGACGAGCGGCAGCCCAGACACAUCCGAUAUCGAUGUGCUAUUUUGCGACAUCGAGGGUAACGCCAUUUGGAAGUGGAGUGCAGAGGACGUGCCGGAUGUUACGAUUACAAACUCGUCCAAUUCUACGACUGAAAUCGAUGUGAACGUAGAAGGCGUCUGCUCUGCUGCCACGACGCUUUCUGUGUCAGCGUACCAGUCAGGUUGCUCGUUCCAGAACCACCCUGAGGGCUGCGAUGACGUGUAUUACAAGGGCUGCGGCGGUAUCACUGUAUCCCCCACGAACGACCGCAUUGUGAUUGCUCGUACCGGUGGCCGCACUUUGGGUGUGCUCAAUUUCAAGUCGGUCGACGAUGCUUGUCAGGGUCAAGUGGUGGACGCCAUUUCGACGUACCGUGGAAGAAAGUUCAACAGCCCUACUUACGCUGAGUACGCUCGCAACGGCAUUCUAUACUUUUCGGACAGCCCGUUCGGCCUGGCCACGAGCGCCGCGGACUUUGACGACGACACCCUCGACAAGUCUCCGCUUCGUGAGAUUCCGUACAACGGAGUUUAUAUGCUGCGUGACGGGGCCGAUCAAUCCGUGGAGCUCGUGGACUGCGAUAUGACGCGCCCGAACAAGAUUGCUUUCUCGCCGGAACAGGACAUCAUGUACAUCACCAACUCGCAGAAGGGCAACUCGUACGUCAAGAGCUAUGUCAUGGCAGCCGACGGCACGGUCAGCAACUCGAGCGUGUUUUUCAAUUUCACGGCUCACCCUGAGCUGGAAACUGAUGCCGGGUAUGCUAGGGGCAUCAAAGUCGACGACAACGGCUACGUGUACGUGGCGUGCUACAAGGGCGUGUACAUUUUCUCGCCGGAAGCUGAGCUGGCCGGCGCAAUCAUGAGCACCGAGGAGCUCGACUCCGUGUCCAUGGGCCUCGGCCGUCUCUUCAUUUCCGGCAGUUUUGGCCUUGUGGCGCAGACGAGCGGUGUUCCUUCGCAAGCGCUCCCUCGAGCCCAGGUCACGUGCAGUGCCUAG